CUUAAACAUCAGACACUUUUUGCAAGGAAAACUCUUCACCGCAUUCAAGAUGCCUUCUUUUGACGAAAGCAAGGCAUACAAAGCCAAGGACAAAGGAAUUUACGUGAGUAGGGAAUUGUUAUCAUCGUUUUAUUCUGACUUUAUUAUAGUAUGAUGAUGGACGAGAGGAAGAACUUGUAAAGUUCAUUCAGGAACGACCCAGAAUGCAAGGAUCACCUUUCACAAUCCUCAAUGCAAUUGACGAAUUUGCACGAACUCAGAGAUACCUCAUGAAUAUAGGAGAGGAUAAAGGGAAAAUAGUUACCGAAGUCAUCCAAAAUACCAAACCUGAAGUCAUGGUAGAACUUGGUGGAUAUUGCGGCUAUUCCACAAUUCUCUUCGCAAAUGCAAUGCGUGCAGCUGGUGGAAAGAAGUUCUACUGUUUGGAGAAGAACCCGAAAUUCGCCAAGAACAUCAAAACUUUGGUGGAGCUCGCUGGGUUGCACGACAUUGUGGAAGUGCUUGUCGGAUCCAGUGAUGAGAGCAUUAAUUCUCUCUCCGGCACGCAAAAAGAGAGCUACAAGGUAGACAUGGUUUUUAUCGACCAUCAUAAACCCUUGUAUACAACGGAUCUUAAGCUUUGCGAAUCUCUAGGUUUCAUCGGAAAGGGUACAGUGAUUAUAGCAGAUAAUGUUAUUUAUCCCGGGAACCCUGAGUACUUGAAAUACGUGCGAAGCAGUGUUGAGGAGAAGAGAGCUGCAAUUUCGACGGCGGAGGAGGGCAGUCAAAGAGGCAAUCCCAACCUCAAAUACAGGAGUGAGCUUAGGAAGAGCUAUGAGCCAUCGGGAGAACCAGUCAGUUCUACUUUUACGUCGAUAUUUCUUACUAUUAGCUAACCUCACAUAGGACGGUGUUGAAAUCACAGUUUGCGAAGGGGAGGCACACGAGUCGUAA